GAUUCAAGGCAUUUUCUAACAGUAUCGAGGAGAAGUUCUUCACGGUGAUGAACAAGGACGGCUCCUACCGUACCCGGGACCAACUCACUUCCAAAUGGAGCCACAUCAACCGUAAAGUCCGAAAGUUUGUCGGAGUUUACGAGGAAUGCGCCCGGUCCCGGAGGAGGGGGACGAAUGACGCCAAUGUUCUCCGGCUUGCCACAACCCGGUAUCAAGAUGACGGGCACCAAGGCAAGGUGCCCAUCGAUCUUUGGAAGAUUUUGAGCCGUUCCCCGAAGUGGCAACAACUUAACAAUCCCGACGGCGGAUCGUCAAAGAAAAGAUCCUCUGUCGACGCCGAGGUUGAGGUCGACGAGACUAUAGGUUCGUCCGAUCAAAUGCCUCCCUUCAACGUUGCGGAUUCUGAUGACGAGGACCCCAUUCCACGACCGAUCGGAAGAAAGAAGGCAAAAUCCAUUGCCUCGGGUUCGGGAGGGUCCGGCUCUGUUUCCGUUUCUUCUCGCGACGAAAUUGGUCAGGCAAUGUUUGAACAACUUCAUGUGUUCAAUCUUCGGGAAGAAGAGAGGAUGAAGCUAAAGGAGAAGGAGAUGAAGCGAACGGAUGAUCUACGAGCAAAGAAUAAGAGAUCGAGAUCAAGGGAGGCAUUUGAUCAAAUUGCUGACGGCGUUUCAGAAAAUAGUCCGGCAUUUUUGAGGGCAUGGGAAGAUGCAUGUAGGCACCCGGGGAAGAGCAGGGUAAUUGUACCAAAAGGGACGUUCAAGAUUUGGUCAACGACAUUUGUGGGGCCGUGCCUGGGGCCCAUAUCAUUUGUGAUCGAAGGAGUUCUCAGAGCUCCGACGCAUCCGUCGGAGUUCCGGUCGGACACGUGGCUAGGGUUCCGGUAUGUGGAUAGGUUGUCGGUGAAGGGCGGUGGUUACUUGGAUGGCCAAGGCCACGCUGCUUGGCCCUUUAAUGACUGCUCCACGAAUCCCAACUGCUUUCCUCUUCCUGUGUCACUACGGUUAGACUUUGUGAGGAAAGCAAGGAUAAAUCACUUGAGAUCAAUAAACAGCAAGAACACCCACUUCUCCCUCUUCGCCUGCGACAAGAUCCAAAUCUCUCGGGUGAGGCUGACCGCCCCGGGCGACAGCCCUAACACGGACGGGAUCCGCAUCGGGGCGUCAACCAAUGUCAAGAUAUCACACGCCACCAUCCAAACCGGCGACGACUGCGUCUCCAUCAUAACCGGUAGCAACAACAUCCGCGUCAACGACGUGGCGUGUGGGCCCGGCCACGGCAUCAGCAUCGGCUCCCUGGGGAAAUCCCAGGGAGACUUUGUGUCAGAUGUUCAGGUCACAAACUGCACCUUCGUCGGCACUCAGAACGGCGUGAGGAUCAAAACAUGGGCUGCGGACUCCAUGUCCAGCACCGUCUCCAACAUAUUCUUCGGCUACAUUGCAAUGCAGAACGUGAACAACCCCAUCAUCAUCGAUCAAGUAUACUGCCCCGGCCAGCUUCCUGAUUGCUACACUCUGGGGAAAUCGUUGUCGCGGGUACAGAUAAAAGAUGUGACAUUUUACAACAUUUGGGGGAGCUCAGCUUCAAAAGUGGCAUUAGCGUUGAAAUGCAGCGCAUUGGUUCCUUGUCAGGACAUUGUAUUGAAUAAAAUUGACUUGAGUUACAACGGGCAAGAAGGCGGACCAGCGAUUUCAGAGUGUUCAAAUGUGAAUGGCAAAUCCUAUGGGAAACAGUUCCCUAAUGGGUGUUUGUAGACAAAUAGAGCUGAGAGGCUACAUGCCUCAUGCGUGGGAGUAGUAAUUUUUGAUUAAUCCAACUGACGUUUAACACACAUUAUAGCUUAGAUAGAACUUAUUCU